AUGAGUUACGAUAUGGAGGAUACCCAGAAUGCUGCCCCUGGGAGCUUGCCCGCAGCGCAAGCUUCCAAGCUUGGAGCUCCUCGAAGGGCUGCUGAUGCACAGAGCACGACGAAACGAUUACAGACGGAACUGAUGCAACUUAUGACCUCCUCCGCCCCUGGCAUCUCCGCCUUCCCAUCCGCAGAUGGCAAUCUUCUCUCGUGGACUGCAACUAUAGAAGGGCCCGAUGAUACGCCAUAUGCUGGUCUUACGUUUAAACUCUCCUUUGCUUUCCCGUCAAAUUACCCAUACGCCGCCCCAACAGUGCUCUUCAAGACGCCAAUUUACCACCCCAACGUGGACUUUUCAGGCAGAAUUUGCUUGGAUAUCCUAAAGGACAAAUGGACUGCGGCGUAUAACAUCCAAACUGUGUUAUUGAGCUUGCAAAGUUUGCUUGGGGAACCAAAUAAUGCAUCACCACUAAAUGGCGAGGCCGCAGAGCUGUGGGAUAAGGACCCGGAAGACUUCAAGAAGAAAGUACUUGGACGACAUCGGGAUGUUGAUGAUGAAUGA